UCCAUCAGUGAUGACGUUUGCUGCUCCUCGGAAGAUGUUAAAGCUAAAACUUAACUAUUACCUUGUUUUUAUUUUUUAAAAUCCAUGUUAACACAUAGUUACAAAUGCGUAAUACACAUUUUAAGCCACAAAAUGAUUCAAACUACAUGUAUUCAAAAUUAAAAGCUUCAGGUCAGGUAGGCUUUGGUGGCUCAGCCAUGCCUCAGAAACCCCAGAAAAACACUCAGACUGCUCACUACAUCGAGCUUGGAGGUUACCAGUACUGGCCUGUCCUGGUACCCAGAGGAAUCAGACUAUACACUUAUGAGCAGAUCCCAGUAUUUCUGAGGGAGAACCCCUACAUCACAGAUGGAUACAGAGCCUACCUACCUUCCAGGCUGUGCAUCAAAAGCCUCUUUAUCCUGUCCAACGAGACUGUGAACAUCUGGAGUCAUCUGUUGGGUUUUCUGCUCUUCUUCUGUCUCGGGGUGUACAACAUGGCCUCAGUGCUGCCAGCUUUCGGCGCCUCCAGAGAGGAUUAUGUCAUCUAUUCCAUUGGACUCUUCUGCUUUCAGCUGUGUAUGCUGUGCUCAGCGGGUUACCACCUGUUCUGCUGCCAUCGCUCAGAAAAGACCAGCCGCCGCUGGAUGGCACUGGAUUAUGCCGGUGUUUCCAUCGGCAUCCUGGGCUGCUACGUCCCCGGAGUUUUCUACACUUUCUACUGCAAUAAUUACUGGCGGCAGGUGUACCUGGUGACGGUCUUGGCCAUGAUCCUGGCCAUCUUCUUCGCUCAGAUUCACCCUCAUUACCUCAGCAAGCAGUGGAAGCAGCUGCGCUCGCUCAUCUUCUGCUCGGUGGCCGGAUACGGCCUCAUCCCCACCGUCCACUGGAUCUGCAUCACUGGAGGCUUCUCCUCUGAACUCGUCCAGGCUUUCGUCCCACGAAUCCUCGGGAUGUAUGUCAUCGCAGCAUUAGCUAUUAUUUUCUAUGUUUCAAAAGUUCCUGAACGCUACUUCCCAGGUCAGCUGAACUACCUGGGCUCCAGCCACCAGGUGUGGCACAUGCUGCUGGUGCUGAUGUUUUACUGGUGGCACCAGUCAUCAGGCUUCAUCAUGGCGUACAGACAUAGUCAGCCCUGCGCUGAUGCCCCACAACACACAUGAUACACAGCUCAGCACAACACAACCUCAACUCUGACUGGAGGAGACCUUCAGUUUCACCAGAUGACCUUGUUCUCACCUGAGAGUCUGAUGAGGGAGGAGACCAGCAGCAGUUCUGCAGACUUUAAUCAGACCAGGAUGUGAUGACCUGAUGCUUGUCAGACGAGCAUGAACAUCAAAUGUCUGAGCAGUUAUAGGAGAACUGACAGUGGAUAGUUGUUACCAACAGAACCCUGAAGACCUGCAACAUUUAUUUCACUUUACAGAAGAUUUAUUUACUCAUUUUUCUUCCUCUAGUUGGCAUGUUUAUUUUUCUUUUUUUAGAUUCUUUCUGUAAGUGCCUGUGAUUGAAACCAUGUAGUUUUUACUAGUUUGUAUUUUGCAGAAUAUAACCCACUAACUUUAGGAAUCUUUAAAACUGCUUGAUCCUUGAACAUGUCGUCUGUGAAAUCUAACGUCUUAAAAAGGGAAAAUUAAACAUCACCACUCUUCAUCACAAAUCAGCUGAUUUCUGUGAUACUGUGACAGGUGUCUGUGAAGCUUUCAAUGAAAUCAAGUAGAAAACCAAAGACUUGUGUAACAGUUUAUACUUCAUCCCUCAACGUGGACUUUGUUGGUGCUGAGUGAGAUGUUUUACUAAAAUGUCUGUACAGAUAUUAGAAAUGCCUCUGUGUGUUAGUACUUGAUAACUGCAGACAUGAAUGUUUUGCUUCGUGUCCUGUUAAGCUGGGAUUAACUGGGUUUCUGUACCACACAGACUGUUUGAGGAAGCAAACCUCGAAGCUCACUACUUCCACAUGACCGAUGAAACUGUAGUUUUUAUAGGAAAUCCUUUUUCUGACGUUUCCAGCUGUUUAUGAGCAGCUCUGCCUGUAGAAGAUGUUGGUUAUUAAAGUGUGACCCGACUCCAAAUCUAAGCAAGUAGCUCAGUACAGAAAUGACAUUUCUAAUUAGCAGAUUUAACUACAUGUAGUUUUAAACCGGGACACGGUUUAGUUUUUAGGAAUUCAGGAACAAAUUUUAACAUGUUUUUGUUUUUUUAGGGUGAUGUGCAAUGUUUAAGCUUAAGUGUUAAAUGUUAGGAAGGAGUCACUUUUACCAUCAAACUGGGCAACAUUUUAAGUUCUAGACAGUUUUUCAUUGUAAAAUUUUACCAUCUGAAGCAAAUGAGUUUCCUGUUUUGAGUCUUAAUGUCUGAAGCAUGAAAAGGCAUCAGUCUGCUACCGUUUAUUUUCUCUAAACUUUGAGUCGAACAGUUGCCGACUCAUUUUGGAAUGAAAGCCAUCUUCCUGUGUGAUUAUUUAAGAUUUUAGGCUUUUUAAAAAGUUCUGUUGUGACUCGUUUUUUAAAUUAUUCACCAUAAAUAUGCUCUGUACUGUUUGUAAAAACUUUUUAGUCUUUUGUAAACAGACAUCUGUAUUAGACAAGUUUUCUAACAGCCGGAUUUUUGUAUUUUUUUCAUACCUGGAACUGCGGAGCUUCACUCAAAACGAAAUAAACAUGGACUGUUUCA